ACAUUAUGGACAUUGAACCAUUAAUGGGAAUGCCAUAUGUUUUGAAAGUCAGACUGCAGAUUAACAUGGAAACUACACAAGAUGAUUUAAUUGAUGCAGUGAAAAACGUUCGGGAAUUAACUCUACCUCUUGCGUGGUUUGAGCAGAGCGUAGAAGCAGACGACAAGGUUGUCGACGAUUACAAUACCGGAUUCGUCAUGACGGCUAAUAUCGGUAUCGCUGUGCAAUGGUUAUCGAUUUGUUCCGGAAUCAUAUUCUCCAUCAUUAUCAUCUUUGACAGUGUCAAGCGGCGGUCUGCUGAAAAAAGGGCUCAUGAAAUGUCAGAAAAGGAUGAGAAAAAAGAUUCUGCCGUUUAUAAAGCAAAUGACGACAUUGAAAAUCACAAGGCACCGGUCACCUCAUCUCACGAGUUAACCAAGACUGACUAUACUAAUCCAACAUUCAGCACAUAGUCGUAACAGUGUAUAAAAACUUCUAACCCAUAGUCAUGUCCAAUGCACUGGGAGCGGUGCGGGGAGGGUGGUCUGCUGUGCAAACCCUUCACUCGAGUUAAAGGUCUGAAUGUGCAGCCUACUCAUGCAUUGUGUACUGAAGGCCCUCUCGAAUUAAAACAGCAAGUUUUGUACGUGCUAGUCUUUGUGGAGACACACUUGCUGAUCAAAGUUUCAAUCAGGGUCUGUGCCUGCAGACUAUGGGGAGGGGGCAUGGGUGCAACCAAGAGCCAUAGUUUUUCAAGCAAUAAAAAAAAUAGAAGCGGAAAAAUUUGAAAAGAAGAUUAGGGUUUGGUAUUGAAUAGAGAGUUCCAACUCCCAAGUCAUGUAACUCAUUAAAUUACCCUCUCUCAUUUUCAUGGAGAAAAGGGGUCACUAUAGGCCACCCCUUUCAUUUGGAUACAGCUUUGCGCUAUACACCGAAUAUACUAAUUGAUUAACCACCAUCUGAUUUCAUGUAUCAAUUAACGCUAUUAAUACUUUUUUUUUUGGGGGGGGGGGUUAUCGCGGAGGGAUGUACAUUGAAUACAGUCUUUAUAUUUAAAUCUAAUUUCUUGUUAAAAAGUUUUUAAUAACAAGUUGGACUUCCACAGGAUAACAUUUGGACAUCAGUACGCAUGAAAGGAAAAGAAAGACAAGAGGUCCAUGUUGUACAUAAUGUAGUACUACUAAAGUGUAAUAUGAAUGUAUUCAUAUAAAUUCAAACAGAAAUAUGUAUCAUAAUUUAAUAGAUUUAUUGAUGAUAUGUUUGAUUUCCCUUCAUUUUGCCCUUUUAGGGACGCACCAUUAUAUACCCAGGGGUGGGGCUGGAAGUUUGGGUUGAUGUAUUUUUUUUCUUUCUUUUUUGAGCAAAUUUUUUCACCCUUACUCGAUUGAGACAAUUUUUUUUGCACCUUUCAGAUGAUUUGUCAGUGGACCAAGUUUUUUUUAUACUCUGAUGGUGAGCCAAUUUUUGGGGGGCUCAUAUAGCAAGUCAAGUUUGUUUUUUGAAAAACUUCCAGCCCCUCCCCAGAUAUCUAAUGUUGCGUCCCUUAAAAGGAAAAUUCAAUUCUCACAAAAAGUUUUUUCUAAAUAUACCAGAAAAAGUGAUAAACAAUACGAGGAAAACAGUGUGAGGAAUAUCCAUCAAAGAUUAAGAGAAUUAUUAGAACUUCAAGUUUUUGAUUUGUGACGGCAUUUAUGAGCAGCUGUCAUAUGAUGUAAUAUAAAAUGCAUAACUUUAAAGUUUUUUAAUGAUUGGUGAUGACUAGAAAUUAGUUUCUUUCUGGAGCGGGUGUGAAAUGGUUUGUCUCUUGUCUAAACUGAGUGAACAAAAAAAAAUAGCUGUUCGCAUGUCACAAAUCAAAAAUCCUAAUAGCCGUUUUUAAUCUUUGAAUGAUUUUUUUCAUACUAUUACUUCACCAUUAUUUUUUCUGCUAUUUUUACAAUAUUUUCAUCAGAGUGAGCUUUCCUUUGAGAAUGUUUACCAGAUUGAUAGAUAUUUCCUUUGUUAAAUCAUUUGAAUGAUCAAAAUCAUUAUAUAAUUUGAUUAGAUCUGUUUUUUGUUCAUAGCUCAGUUAUUCGAAGCAACAAGAGAAUUGUUUUGUGUUUGUUUGUUGUGUAUUUAUAUGGAAGUUUUAUUUAUAUUUCAUAGGCUAUAUGAAUAUAACAAAUUUCGAUUGCAAUAAAGCCUCUUUCUCUAACCC